AUGAGUAUGCCAAACCCCACCGCCAAAUACCACAACAACCCUACUCCAGUGGUUGAUCCUACUCAAAAGCAUCUUUCGGUAGCAGGCAAAACCGUUCUCGUCACGGGAGGUGGCACAGCCAUUGGAGCUGCGACUGUGGAAGCCUUUGGAAAAGCCAAGGCUGAUCACGUCUUUUUCGUUGGAAGACGACUCAACCUUCUUCAAGCCGUUGAGCAAAAGCUCUCAAAGGCGUACCCGCAGACCAAGUUCCACGCCAUCCAAACUGACAUUUCCAAAGAGAAUGAAGUCAAGGCUCUGUUCGAAACUAUCAAUAAGACCAGCUUCCUCGAUAUUUUAGUCGCCAACGCUGCAUACCUAUCUUUGCCUGGUAAACUCGCAACUACCGAAACUGGCGAAUGGUGGAAGGGGUAUGAAAUCAAUGUCCUGGGCACCUAUCUUCUCGGCAAAUACUUCAUCAACCAGUCGCAGCCACCUAGAGGGAAGCCUGUUUUCAUCGGUGUCAACACUGGCGCAAUCAACGUCGGUCCUGGUUUCUCCAGCCCCAUGAGCGGCUAUGUGUCCUCCAAGAUGGCUACCGCUUCAGUGGUAGAGUUCCUGCAGCAGGAGAACCCCAACAUCAAGGCAUUCAACGUUAGCCCUGGCAUGGUUCAGAGCGAGAUUGCCGACAAGGCCAAUGCGGCGGGUUUCCCGCCAACGGACUCACCAGAGCUGAUGGCCAACUUUGCGGUCUGGCUUGCUAGCCCCGAAUCAGACUUCCUCGCUGGUCGUUUCAUCUGGGCCAAUUGGGACGUUGAAGGGUUGAUUGCGGCCAAAGAGAAGAUUUUGGCGAACCCGGGACAAUUGCGACUAAACAUCGACGGCUGGGAGAGCAACUUUGCCGCCCUCAAAUAA